GUUGAUUAUGACAAUCACCCGCUAUAUAAGCACGGGAAGAGAGGCCGUAAACAGUCUCCCGUUCAUAUUUUUACUAACCUGUCGCCAGGUUCAAUAGUUCUUCCUGCAGAAGAAGGAUACAGGUUUUGCCCUGUCUGUCAGCGAUACGUCAGUGCCGAGAACCAGCACUGUGACCUCUGCAAUUCCUGUACUUCAAAA